AGCCUGAGAGACAGCCACCGAGACAGCCUGGAUUCAACACUUUUUGAUGAACUGAGUGACCUGGUGAACCUUGAUGACUUGUUUAAAGGUGCUGAAAGCAGUCCUUAUGAAGCUAAUUUUGAAGAUUUUGAUUUUAAUGUGGACUUAAUGUUGUGGAAUGAAUUCCCAGGGGAUUGCCCUAGUGACUACUACAGAGGUGAACACAUGAAGCCAGAGCCCUUAUCUCCAGCCUCUUCCAUCUGUUCCAUGCAGUCUCCUCAUUCUGUUUCCUCCUCGUCUUCUCAGUAUGUACCGGAAGACCUCGACGUGUCCUCCAACUCCCAGAUGUCUCCAGUUUCAUUAUAUUCUGAAGCCACCAAGAGCCCCACAUGUCUUGAGCAAGUGGAAGAGAAACCUGUGGUUACUUCAUCACAGACCGCCGGCCACCCACCUGUUAAACCGAGAAAACUUGCUCCGGUGGUACCAAAACCAGUGAUUCAGCCGAAACCAGUGUUGAUUCCUUCAGCUGCAGCCACCCCGACUCCUGCCACUGUAUCAUCCAAAACCAUAAUCUUUCAGCCUUUUUCAACAAUUCUUCCCAAACAGCAGCCGUUUAUCGCUCUUCCGGCAGCGCCACCAAGUGGUCAGCAGGUCCUGCUCAGCUCCAUGGUGCGGAUCCCAUCCUCUGGAGUGAUAACAUCCCAGCCAGUCAUCACAAUAGGGGCGUCCCAGCUUUCCGCCCCGUCCAUAAAUCUGCUCUCUCCAGCAAGUCCAGAAAAUGGUCAAGUGUCACCAGUGAAAAACUUGUUUCAGACCUCUGCUCAGGAAUCGAGUGGUGGAACAGAUAUAAACGUUAUCCGACGGCAGCAGAGAAUGAUUAAAAACCGCGAGUCUGCCUUCCAGUCGAGAAGGAAGAAGAAGGAAUACAUGCAGAGUCUGGAACUCCGACUGAGAUCGGCUCUCUUGGAGAACGAACGGCUCAAGAAUGAAAAUGGCUCCCUUCAAAAACUGCUUGAAGAAGUGGUGUCCGAGAAUCAGAAGCUAAAAGUGUCUGCUCCCAAGAGACGAGCUGUGUGCUUGAUGAUGGUGGCGGUGUUUCUUAUCCUCAACUUUAAUUCACUAAGUUUUCUGGGAACAAACUCUGGCCCCUACGAGGUAGAGAUCAGCCCAAUUCGUCACAACAGGCAUCUCCUUGAAUUGUCUGACGGAGAUGGUAAAACGGAAUCGAGGACUAUUCCAUCGGAGAGCAAAAGCCCCAAACACUACAUUUCUGAUGAGAAAGCUUUGAUGGUGGUUAAGAAGGAGUCGCUGGUCUACAUUCCACCGCCACCUCCCUGCCAUCCACAUGUCAACCAAACAGAGACCCUCAGAUUAAACCAGGAGCUCCGGGGCUGGGUCCACAGACAUGAGGUGGAGAGGACCAAGUCCAGACGCAUGACCAACAGCCAAAGGGCACAAGUAGUGCAGAACGGCGAAGAUAAAAGUUCGUCCUCUCAGCUUGUGACGAUGCAAUACACGGAUUCCAGCCUAAAGAAUUCUGUGAGCGAGCUCCAGAUUUACUAUUCUUCUCCCAGAAGCUACCAAGACUUUUUAGAAGCUAUCCGCAGGAGAGGCGACACGUUUUAUGUGGUCUCCUUCCGAAGGGACCAUCUUUUGUUACCGGCUACAAAUAGAAAUAAGACCACCAGACCAAAAAUGUCAAUAAUCCUUCCGUCGACUAAUGUGAAUGAUAACGUGAUCAAUGGGCAAGACUUCGAGGUGAUGAUGCAAAUUGAUUGUGAAGUAAUGGACACACGGAUUUUACACGUUAAAUCCUCUUCUAUUCCACCCUUUCUCAGAGAGCACCGAGAGAACCAAACCAAUUCAUUCUACAACUCUCCCACUGCUGGCUCGGAAGCACCCCAGGUUGUAGGUGCAAUCAGCGAGUCUCCUCUGUGAAGAUCCGAUUAUUUCCAUUAUUAGGGGCGGAAUAAGAUAGAUGUAUAUAUUUAGAUCUGAUUUUCUGGUUUCCAUUCGUUUUUAUGAUCUAUAUUUUGCGUUGUAGUUGCAGAGCUUUUCACUAAAGUGAGAAUUGCCAGGAAUUUAGUGAGUAUUUCAAAUUUAAGAAGCAAAUCCGAGAAUUGAAGAUAAUUUGGCUAUUGUGGCCUUAAAUGUGAAAUGAAUUCCCAACAAAUCUCACUUUAGUCUUCACCCUGUUGGUGAAGUCAUUAUUUGUGUUUAUCGAUAGGGAUAAGCUAAUAUCUAUCUCUGAUAAGAUUUUUCAUCUGACAGAAAGCGUUGGUAUGAGCUACACUCAUUAAAAAAUGUGGAACUCAUCCGAAUAAAAUUCCUUUUAGUUGAUAAUGGAACAAAUAAUUCCUGAAUCUCCGAGCUGAUCUUACCUGUACAGGUUAACCACAGGUAGAAUGAUUCAGAAUCAGGAAAUGUAUUUGGACAAACCUGCUCAAACUAACUUUCGCUAGUCCACUUUGAAGUACCACAAGGUUGGCUAGUAAGUGUUCAGUGCCUUCUGCAUUGACUUUAUUAAACCCAGACAGAUUUUUUUUUUAAACUUACCUUGGCCCGCUUUCCAUUUGGGCAGCUUACCAAAUGAUGGCCUUGAUUUAAUAUUUCCAAAUGAUUCACUACUAAAUUAUCUACGGAAGUCACCAUUAGUCAAUGGGAAGUCAAUGGGAAUUUUUGUAGAUACAUUUGUACAGUUUUCCGAACAUGAUUGGAUCAUUUGGAAAGCUUACUAAAUCGAGGCCUAUUUUUAAAGCAUUGAUUUAGCAUGCUCAUGCUAUCAGCAGGAAUUGCAUGUUAAAGUACAUUGGCUGUCCACCAAACGUUCGGAUGCUAGUAGGUGUAGAUUCGAACUACACAAUUCAGGUAAAAAAGACUGCAAAUGCAUUGUUUUAAUGAUACACUUCCCUGAAGAUCACUUUCUCCACCAUGAUGUCUUCUGGCAAUGGGCAGUGUGACAGUGAACGCCUUAUUUAUAUAUUUAAAUUGUAUCUCUAUUUUUUUACUUCUGUACGAAUGAUGGAGCAGGUUAAAGGAAAAUAAAAACCCUUCCUUGUUAGCCGAAGCAGUGGAUGUCUUUCCAUACCUUCUAAAAAGUAUUUUCACAGUUCAACGCAAACAAUAUCUACCGAAUGUCAGACCUCAAUGUGGCGAUUUCAUGUAUAACCACAUUAAAGGGACACUCCAAGCACUUCAAUCAGUUUAGUUUUACAAAAACAUAUUGUUACUUCCUGGUUUGUUUAGCUCAAUGGAGAUAAACCCAAGAGGCAGAUAAUUGCAACUACUUCUCAUUGAGCUGCAUUGGGAAGUCUGUGAUUUGACAGCCACAAAGUCUGGACAGGGUUAAAUGCACUUUCAGAUUCCUGGGUUAGGUGGACCUCAUGGGAGAUCUGAAGGUGCAUUUUAUUAUCUCAGUCCCUUCCUGGGUUAGGCUGACCUCACAGGAGAUCUGAAGGUGCAUUUUAUUAUCUCAGUCCCUUCCUGGGUUAGGCGGACCUCACA